AUGAAACCCAGUGAUCCAACUAUUACUGUAUUUCGUGUGAUAUUCGAAGCGAUUAGUGCUUUUGGUGGAUGUGGUUUUUCCAUGGGAUUUUCGAAUGAAAUGCCGAGUCUUGUCUCUGUACUUACUUCACCCAGCAAAGUUGUGAUCAUACUUGUCAUGUGUAUGGGUAGACAUCGAGGUUUACUCGAUUCGAUGAAAGAUCAAGAAGAGAUCGAAUACAGUGCACAAAUACUCAUUGAUAGUUGGAAACAAUUGGCGAUACUUGAAUAUCAAGAAAAGAAAAAAUUAUUGGAUGAAAAAUUUAAACCAACAAUAUCUGUUCCUUUUCCAACGCCACCACUAGUCACUCGCUUUUGA